AUGGUCAUUGUCCGUCUCUGCAGGAAAAAAUUGUUACCAGCAAAGGAUGAUCAGAUGAAUGAGGAGGGUGAGGAACUACAGCUGCGUUUGCCAGAUGAAGUUAUUAAUAAAGACUCAAAAGGAAAUGUAAGGAAUCAAGGCAGACCCAAGAGAAAGAAGGACAGCCAUUUUGUUGAGAAGAGAAAUGGAAGAAAGCGUAAUGAACAUUUACCCAAGCACAAUAGAAUGGAGAUGAGUCAGUCCAUUAAGUAUGGAAAGGACAUCAGAUAUAGAUCACAGCUUCUAGUGAACCAAAGAAUAGAAAAACGAGAUAAAUCUUUUGAAAGCUCGGAGUACGGAAAGAAAUUCAAUCAGAAUGGCAAGCUUCAGCAGUGUCAAAGAACUCACAAAGAGGAUAAACUGUCUGAAUGCACAGUAGGUGGCAAGAAAUUCGGGUUCAAUGGCAAUCUUCAGCAGCAUCAAAGAACCCACACAGGAGAGAAACCUUUUGAAUGCACAGAGUGUGGAAAGACAUUCAGUGACAAGAGCAGUCUUAAACAGCAUCAGAGAACCCACACAGGAGAGAAACCUUUUGCAUGCUCAACGUGUGGAAAGAGAUUCAGUCGGAGUGGCCAUCUUCAAAAGCAUCAGAGAACCCACACAGGAGAGAAACCUUUUGAAUGCUCAGAGUGUGGAAAGAGAUUCACUAACAGUGGCACUCUUCAAAAGCAUCAGAGAACCCACACAGGAGAGAAACCUUUUGAAUGCACAGAGUGUGGAAAGAGAUUCAGUCACAGUGGCACUCUUCAAAAGCAUCAGAGGACCCACACAGGAGAGAAACCUUUUGCAUGCUCAGCGUGUGGAAAAAGAUUCAGUCACAGAAGCACUCUUCAAAAGCAUCAGAGAACCCACACAGGAGAGAAACCUUUUGAAUGCUCAGAAUGUGGAAAGAGAUUCAAUCGCAGUAGCAAUCUUCAAAGGCAUCAGAGAACCCACACAGGAGAGAAACCUUUUGAAUGCUUAGAGUGUGGGAAGAGAUUCCGUGAGAGUGGCACUCUUCAAAAACAUUGGAGAACCCACACAGGGGAGAAACCUUUUGAAUGCACAGAGUGUGGAAAGAGAUUCAUUCAGAGUGACAAUCUUCAACAGCAUCAGAGAACCCACACAGGAGAGAAACCUUUUGAAUGCUCAGAAUGUGGAAAGAGAUUCAGUCACAGUGGCAAUCUUCAAAAGCAUCAGAGAACCCACACAGAAGAGAAACCUUUAAAAUGCUCAGAAUGUGGAAAGAGAUUCAGUCAGAGUAGCCAUCUUCACCAACAUCAGAGAACCCACACAGGGGAGAAACCUUUUGAAUGCACAGAGUGUAGAAAGAGAUUCAGGCACAGCAGCACUCUUCAACAGCAUCAGAGAACCCACACAGGGGAGAAACCUUUUGCAUGCUCAACGUGUGGAAAGAGAUUCAGUCACAGUAGCAGUCUUAAAGAGCAUCAGAGAACCCACACAGGAGAGAAACCUUUUGCAUGCUCAGAGUGCGGAAAGAGAUUCAGUCGGAGUGUCCAUCUUCAACAGCAUCAGAGAACCCACACAGGAGAGAAACCUUUUGAAUGCUCAGAGUGUGGAAAGAGAUUCAGUCACAGUGGCAGUCUUCAAAGGCAUCAAAGGACCCAUACAGUAAGUAAAGUAAAAGUAAAGUAA